CAACGUGACAAACGAAACUCGAGAGCAAUCAACUCUCAUUAUUCUUCUUGCUUGGCCACCACAUGUACCGGUAGACUGGUCGGCAUCAUCUCAUCUCACUCACCUACCUGCUGAUCCUUUCCAUCAACACAGAUCCAACACAAUCCAACACAAACCAAGCAACUGAAAUUGAGAAAAAAGAGACCAAGCAAGAUGACGAUAUCGAAGAAAGAGAUGAGUGGAGAAGUGGAUGUGGAUGAGUUGAUGGAAGCCAUGGAAUCCAAUAAUACGAAUGUGGACAAGAAUAUUAUUUCCGUCCGACCCCAAGAAACGGUUGCGACGACCAGUGACAGCAGCAGCAAGGAUGCUUACUCCCUGGUGGGACAAGAUCUUGUCUGGAGUGGUGUGGGCUUGAGACUGUUGGAAAAGAAAAAUGGAGGCGACACCAAGCUGCACAUUCUCAAGGAUGUCUGGGGCAAAGCAGAAGCUGGAAAAACCACAGCCAUCAUGGGAGCUUCCGGGGCCGGCAAAACCAGUCUCUUUCAAACAUUAGCAGGUCGCAUUCCCAGCAGUGGCAAGUUGCGGUCGGAAGGAGACAUUUUCCUCGGUGGCGCGCGCUUUGAUCCCACCCAACGAGAUCAACGCAAAUUGAUUGCCUACGUCUCGCAAGAAGAUGCAUUGCAGGAAUCCAGUACGCCUCGGGAAGCCAUUUAUUUCAGUGCCCGAUUGCGAUUGCCAAAACGAGUAUCCGACGAGGAAUGCACCGAAAUUGUCAAUGCCAUUUUGACCGAAUUGGGAUUGGACGAUGCUGCCGAUACACUAAUUGGGGGUGGAUUCAACAAGGGGAUUUCGGGAGGAGAAAAACGACGCGUCUCGAUUGGAGUCGAGUUGGUGGCCAAACCGACCCUGAUCUUUUUGGACGAACCAACAUCCGGUUUGGAUUCCUUUGCCGCCGCACAAGUCAUGAAAUUGUUGAGCCGAGUUGCACAUCACGGCAGUACGGUACUCUUUACCAUCCAUCAACCCUCCUCCAACAUUUUUGGUACAUUUGAUCGACUCAUUCUGCUCAACAAGGGCCGCGUCAUGCAUCAGGGAGAAGUGGCCAACUUGGCACGCGAUUUUGAGCAAUACGGAUAUCCCGUGCCCAAUCAAUAUAAUCCCGCCGAUUGGGUCAUUGAUAUCGCGCAAGGGAUCACAUUGGAAGAAUUGGAAAAGGCACACUUUUUUGCAAGUGCCCCCGACAAUCUACUACUCGCUGCUAGAAAGGAGGAUGCUGCUGAAACGGUGGAAACUCCACAAGACGAACACGUGUCCAUGUGGACCGAGUUUGUCAUGUUGCAGAACCGGGAAAUGGCCGACCUUCGUCGAAAUCCGGCCUUUAUCGUCAUCAGUAUCGUCGUGACGGGAAUCUUGUCCUUGAUCUUUGGAGUCAUCUUUUUUGAUAUUGGUCGCCAGGAUCGGUCCGAGUACACAGUGAUUCAAUCUCAACUCGGGGCAGUGGUCAAUGUGUUGAUUUCGACAAUGAUGGGGCAAAGCAACCCCGCCAUGUUGACCUUCAGCAAAGAUCGGCCCGUCUUUCUUCGGGAAUUCUCCACGGACCACUACACGGUCAUUCCUUACUUUCUAUCCAAGCUUUGGAGAGAAAUGUUCAACACACUCAUCGCAACUCUCUCGCAGGCAUUGGUUAUUUACUGGAUGAUGGGCUUUCAAAUGAGCUUUGGGCAGCUCUUUGCCAUCACGUAUGCUCUGUCAUUGACAGCCACAGCGGUUGCCGUGAUGCUGGGAGCCUGUUUUGAUGAUGUCCAAAAUGCAUUGACUCUAUUCACGCUUGUGGUCGUUCCACAGUUUUUCUUCUCGGGACUCUUUAUUGCCAUUGAAUUGAUUCCGAGUUGGGUUUCGUGGGCACAGUACGUAUGCUCCUUGACGUAUGCCGCUCGACUGGGCUUUGCCUACGAGUUUGCGGACUGCGAACCGGGUGAUGCCGCCGCCAAUUGCGCAGCGGUCUUGGCUGCAAACAAUGUCGACAAAGACAGCACAUGGUGGUAUUGGUUGGCCUUGCUGGGUCUCUUCGUCAUGUUUCGGGGCUUUGGUGCCCUGAUCCUGCGUUACAAAGCCACCUACUAAGUUGUUCUAUUUUCAGUGCCAUUUGACGUAUACCAGCUACAAACGAAAGAGAUAUCCCGGAGGAAGAGGAUGACUGUGCUUUUGCAUCUUUGCGAUGCAGCCAAUGGUGCAAAGAAUGAGAGCCUUGUCCCCAAUGACCGAUUGCCACAUAGCACUAGUACUAGUACUGUACAGAUCGUGCCCAGUCUGCCUGCCAAAACAUGUUGAUAUCUUAGCUAUAGCUAUAGCUAGAAGAGUCAAAGGGCGCGACAACUGACCGAGACAACGGAAUUAACAGGAACUUCCAACAGAGCUAAACCAAUUGACAAACCUUAAAGAGGUGCAUUUGGAAGGAUGAAUCAGCUCACGGGCACGGUCCCCGAAGGGAUUUUUGUUUCCCAAACUCUGUCAGUGGGUUGUGGUGUAACAUGUGCUGCAACCAACUGUCCAUGUAUAAGAGUAGAUGAAAGUGUUCCUUGUCCAGCAUUGCCAACUACAUCACCUAUUGAAUCACCCACCAACCUCCCAACACAAUCACCUCCAACAGAAUCCCCAACAGAGCCAUCUCUGGCCCCAAGCAGGUCACCCACAGAGACACCAACUCAAUUGCCAACGGGAACUCCACAGAGUCCAAGACAGAUUCACCUGACGGGCCGAAUACCUUCAGAGCUUCAGGCAUUGACAUUGUUGACAGUUCUUUGGGUGUGGGUUAAUCAGCUGUCAGAUACAAUCCCCACCCAGCUGGGAUCUCUGACAAUGGUGACUUCAUUGGGGUUGGAAUCCAACAUGUUUACACUUUCAAUCCCCUCAGAGCUUGGUCAACUUACCAGGCUCACUUCUUUGAAUCUUGCUGGUAACCAACUGACUGGGACCAUUCCAAGUACUUUUGGAUCUCUGACAGCAAUGAGUUUCUUUGGGUUGAACCACAAUGGCUUGACUGGGAACAUUCCAACUCAUCUGGGAAUGAUGACUUCAGUGUCAACUUUGAGGUUAAAUUCAAAUCAACUGAGUGGUACUAUUCCAAAUGAGCUUAGCUCAAUGACAAACCUUCGAGAAGCAUAUUUGCAGGAUAAUCAGCUGAGUGGAACAGUCCCAGAUGGACUUUGUGUCUCUGGGACUAUGUAUGUAGACUGAGGAGUGACCUGUGCUGCCAACAGUUGUGCAUGCACCAAUGUGUAUGGUGUUUACGAUGAUCCUUGUCCACUAACAGCUUCUCCGUCAGUUUCACCUUCAAUCAGUCCAAGUGUAUCACUCAGUUCAAGUGCAUCACCAUCACAUACUCCAUCGGUUUCUCCAUCAGCUUUGCCUUCUCUCAGUCCAAGUGAAAGAGCAACAGAACCACCAACAGUUUCUCCAUCAUCUCAACCUUCGGUCAGCGUAUCACCAACACAACUGUGGACAGCCUCACCUUCUGCCAAUCCAAGUGGAUCUGUCACAGAGGUGGAAAUCUUUGGCCAAAUCUACAACAUCGACAGCACGAAAAGGCUAGAUGGGUUUCAUUACUGGUCCAAUCCCCACAGAAGUUGGUCUACUUACCAAGCUUACCUGCCAAUGAACUGACAGGCCUGCUCCCCACAGAAGUUGGCCUUCUUACCUGGCUUCACCUCUUGUCAUUUGGUAGCAACAAUUUGACAGGUCCACUCCCAACGGAACUCGGUCUACUGACUGGGCUCUUUACCUUGUAUUUGUUUUCCAAUGAACUGUCAGGUCCAAUCCUCGAAGAGCUUGGUCAGCUGACAGAGCUUGGUCAGCUGAGCUUGUCGGAAAACCAGAUCACUGGCCAAAUUCCUCCAGCCCUUGGUCUGCUCACAGACCUCAAGAGGCUGGGUUUGAAUUCCAAUCAAUUGACAGGUCAGAUACCUGCAGAUGAACUUGAAGCUUGGACAGAGCUAGAGGAUCUGGAUAUGUUUUCAAAUCUUCUGACUGGAAGCCUCCCAACCCAUCUUGAAUCCAUUACAGCAAUGACUUCUUUGCCGUUGGAUUCCAAUCGUUUUACAGGUCCAGUCCCUACGCGACUUGGGUCUUUGACAGACUUAAAUACCUUGAGGUUGGGUCUCAAUUUUUUGACGGGCCCAAUCCCCACGGAGCUUAGCCUUCUUACUGAGCUAAAUAGCUUGGAAAUGGGCUCCAAUGAACUGUCUGGCCCAAUUCCCACCGAGCUUGGAUCUCUGACCAAACUGAAACAUAUUUAUAUGGCACGUGGCCAACUAACUAGCGCCAUUCCUCUUCAUCUUGGAUCUCUCACUGCACUUCAAAACUUGGGGUUGCAUGCUAACCAGCUCACUGGAACUAUUCCUACAGAGCUCAGUCAAAUGAAAAGCCUAGAAAGAUUUUGCUUUAUGAUAUUCAGCUCAGUGGCACAGUUCCAGAUGGGUUUUGUGUUUCUAUGUCUCUGAUGAUAGACUGUGGAGUGAUGUGUGCGGCAAACAGUUGCCCAUGCACCAAUGUGGGUGAUCCUUGUCCUGACACACCAACACAACCACCUGAUCCUCAACCAGCACCAGCACCAGCACCAGCACCAGCACC